AUGGUGGGUCCCAUUCUUCGUUCUCUCUGGUCCUCUACCAGAAAAUCCUUCUCCUCUUCUUCUCCUCCUUUAACCCACUCCCUCUUCUUCUCACGCGCCUUCGCCGCCGCUCCAGCCGCCGCCCCCGCCGUCGCUACUACAGCCUCCUCCCUCGACCCCACCCGCCUCCGCAACGUGGCCGUGAUUGCCCAUGUAGACCACGGCAAGACCACGCUCAUGGACCGCCUCCUCCGCCAGUGCGGCGCCGACAUCCCCCACGAGCGCGCUAUGGACUCCAUAUCGCUCGAGCGCGAGCGUGGCAUCACCAUCGCCUCUAAGGUUACGUCUGUUUCGUGGAAGGAGAAUGAGCUGAACAUGGUUGAUACUCCUGGACACGCUGAUUUUGGUGGUGAGGUUGAGCGUGUUGUUGGUAUGGUGGAGGGAGCAAUUUUGGUUGUUGAUGCUGGUGAAGGUCCACUUGCACAAACAAAGUUUGUUCUUGCAAAGGCCCUGAAGUAUGGAUUGCGGCCUAUUCUUCUUCUAAACAAAGUAGACCGUCCUUCAGUUACUGAGGAGACAUGUGAUGAAGUUGAGAGCCUGGUGUUUGAUCUAUUUGCCAACCUGGGUGCUACAGAGGAGCAACUAGACUUUCCUGUUCUUUAUGCUUCUGCUAAAGAAGGAUGGGCAUCCACCACGUUUACCAAGGAUCCUCCUGCUGAGGCCAAAAAUAUGGCACAGUUGCUUGAUGCAGUUGUAACAAAUGUCCCACCACCAAAUGCAAACAUUGAUGCGCCUUUCCAAAUGCUGGUUUCAAUGAUGGAACGAGAUUUCUAUCUUGGGCGAAUUUUGACUGGACGCAUAUUCUCUGGGGUUGUUCGGGUUGGUGACCGGGUUCAUGGGUUACGAAAUAAAGAUUCUGGUGCUGAAAAGAUUGAAGAUGGAAAGGUGGUGAAACUGAUGAAAAAGAAGGGUACAAACAUGGUUCUAACUGAUUGUGCUGGAGCUGGUGAUAUAAUAUCAGUUGCUGGCCUGUCAAGUCCAUCAAUAGGCCAUACAGUGGCAACUGUGGAGAUUAUGUCUGCUUUGCCCACAAUUGAAUUGGACCCUCCGACAAUUUCCAUGACUUUUGGUGUGAAUGACUCCCCAUUGGCUGGUCGUGAUGGCACUCAUUUGACUGGGGGGAGAAUUGGUGACCGACUGAUGGCUGAAGCUGAAACCAACCUUGCCAUAAAUGUGCUUCCAGGCUUAUCAGAAUCAUUUGAAGUUCAGGGAAGAGGAGAGCUACAGCUAGGUAUUUUAAUUGAGAAUAUGAGACGAGAAGGAUUUGAGUUAUCUGUCUCUCCACCUAAAGUCAUGUAUAAAACUGAAAACAGUCAGAAGCUUGAGCCAGUAGAAGAAGUUACAAUUGAGGUGAAUGACGAGCAUGUUGGCUUGGUAAUGGAGGCCUUAUCUCAUAGACGAGCUGAGGUUACCGACAUGGGUCCUGUUCCAGGAACUGUUGGUCGAACUAGAUUGUCUUUGACUUGUCCAUCAAGGGGCCUGGUUGGGUACAGGAGUGUGUUCAGCAGUGACACACGUGGAACUGGAUUCAUGCAUCGUGCUUUCCAUGCAUAUGAACAAUUUCGCGGCCCUCUUGGCAAUGUCAGAAAAGGAGUACUGGUGUCAAUGGGUUUUGGUACUAUCACAGCUCAUGCAUUGAUGAGCUUAGAAGCUCGAGGGACUCUUUUUGUAACUCCUGGAAUGGAGACGUAUGAUGGAAUGAUUGUUGGAGAACAUUCACGGGAUACAGAUCUUGAUGUGAAUCCAGUGAGGGCCAAAGAACUUACAAAUGUGCGUGCUGCUUCCAAAGAUGAGAAUGUGAGGCUGACUCCCCCUCGCCUGAUGACACUUGAAGAAGCUAUAGGCUAUGUAGCUUCCGAUGAGCUUAUUGAGGUUACACCAAAAGCCAUUCGAUUACGCAAGAAAUACCUUGAUGUUAACAAGCGGAAAACCAUGAGUAAAAGGCCAAAGGAAUGA